AUGGCUGGCAAUUAUGAUACCGAAGAGCAAAGAAUUCUUGACAUAAAUAUGUGUACCGCUCUUCGUGAAGCUCGAGAUGCUGGUGCAACAUUCAUCAACCGAAACUGGAUUGCAGAGAAAAGUCACCGUUCUGUUCGAUUUAUUACGAACCGGUGGCCAAAGCCGUAUGGUCAAUUUUUUGCUGAUUAUUCAAACACUGGUCCUAAAGUAAAACUUUCACAAGCCAGUCGGGAAGUUAUCCUUGAAGCGAGUGAUUAA